UUUAUGAUGCAACCGCAUACAUUAAUUUUUCCACCUCAACAGAGGAGAAGCAAACUCAAUUUUCACUCAGUUACUGAGUCAUGGAGUCGCCGCAGUUUCCCAAAUAUCUUCUUUUCGUCAUCCUUUUUUCACUCUACAGUACUUCCAUCGCUCAAUAUGAAGAGGAAAGGGAUGCUCUAUAUGCUGUCAAGCACACUUUCAAUGAUCCAUUCUUAAAUGAUAACUGGAAUGGCCUUCAAUGCUAUGAAAACACCUCUUUUUGGUAUGGUAUUCAGUGCACAAAUGGCCGUGUCACUGCAAUAUUAUUGGAAAGUAAGGGAUUAUCGGGCAAAAUAAAUGCCGAUGCAUUUGUUUUGCUUUCUGAAUUGGUUACCCUUAGCUUCAAGAACAAUUCUUUGUCAGGGAACAUAAUGGAUUUCUCAUCCAAUCCCAAGUUGAAGGAUAUCGACCUGUCGAAAAACAUGUUUGAUGGGCCAAUUUCACGUUCACUUCUUAGUCUUAACUUGUUGGAAUCGUUGCAGCUUCAAGAUAAUCAUUUAACAGGUCCAAUCCUAGGAUUCGACCAAACCAGUUUAACAUCAUUCAAUGUUUCCAACAACAGUAUAACCGGUCCGAUUCCGGGAACUGACACACUGAGAUCGUUCAGCUCUGCUUCGUACUCCAGCAACGGCCCCUAUAUGUGUGAUGAUUCAUCGAAUUCCAGUAGCGGUUGUUAUUUUAGUGAAAACGAAACAGCGGGAGGAGGAGGCUCCAAAAAGGAACCUGUUUCCACUGUAUUUAUAGUUUUCGAUGUGCUUGGCUUACUCGCUGGGAUUUUGCUUCUAUUUCUUUACUGUAAAAAGUCCAGGCAGCUAAAGAAGCUGAUUCAAAAAUACCAGCUUGAAGAAAAAGAUGAAGACGAUUUAGAGAUGGAAAGGAUGAGUAAUUUUCAUUACAAUGAAAGCAAAGAUGAAAGCGUUAUUAUUUCUGCAGAAGUGAAUAAUAGAUCUGUUACAAAUGAAGAGAAGGGGAAACUUAUAUUCAUGGGGGACGAAGACCAAGCAGGUUUUGAUUUGAACGACCUGUUGAGAGCUUCUGCUGAAGGAUUGGGUAAAGGGCUUUUCGGCAAUAGUUAUAAAGCUACAUUGGAUGGCAGACCGUCUGUUGUGGUGAAACGCUUGAGGGAUUUAAAACCAUUGAGCUACGAUGAGUUCACGGAGGUGGUACGGAUAAUUACAAACCAAAAGCAUCCCAAUUUGCUUCCUUUGCUCGCUUACUUUUAUUCCAAUGAUGAGAAGCUGUUCCUUUACAGAUAUGCCAUGAAUGGAAACCUCUUCAACCGCCUUCAUGGAGGGAGAGGAACAAGAGACCGGAUUCCAUUGAGAUGGAACUCGAGAUUAGCCAUUGCUCGAGGGGUGGCUCGAGCAAUGGAAUAUCUUCACCUCAAUCCCAACUCCAAAUGUAUUGUUCCUCACGGGAACCUGAAACCGUCCAACAUUCUCCUCGACGGAAACGACAACGUUCUCAUCUCCGAUUACGGUCUGGCUUCACUCGUAGCCGUUCCCAUCGUAGCACAACGACUGGUGGCAUUCAAGUCACCGGAAUACCAGCACUCGAAACGCAUUUCAAUGAAAUCCGACGUGUGGAGUUACGGUUGCUUUCUUCUGGAACUACUAACAGGAAGACUAUCAGCUCACUCAGCACCACCAGGGAUCAAUGGGGUGGAUCUUUGCAGUUGGGUUCAUCGAGCUGUUAGAGAAGAAUGGACAGCUGAAAUAUUCGAUAUUGAGAUAUCGGUGCAACGAAGUGCGGCUCCCGGAAUGCUGAAGCUGCUGCAGAUUGCGAUACGUUGUUGCGAUAAGAUACCGGAGAAACGGCCGGAAAUGACGGAAAUUGUGAGGGAAAUAGAUAGCAUCAAAGCCGUUGAUUCAGACGAUUCGGAUGAAUUAUCUGCGGAUCAAUCGUUAACAGAUGAAUCUUUCUCGGCUAAUGCUUGACAGUACUUGUGGUUGGAGAUGGGAGAAGCUGGUAAGAUUUUGAAACUGUGGGGGCUUCAAAGUUUGCAAGAAUCUGUCGUUAUGAAUCAGAGAAUCCAAUCAUGGAAUCGGAAAAUCGAGCUUUCAAAGUCUCCUUUUUGGCAAUUUUCUAUGUUUGCAUGAGUUGUUGUAUCCUGUAAUAUUUAGGUUAAAUUCUAUUAUUGGUACUGUACUUUGCAAGAUAUAUGGAUUUUAUUCCUCUACUUUAA